AUGUCAACGAGUAAUGGGAAGGCGAAGGAGCGUGUGUUUGCCGGUUUGGUCGCGGAUAUGCCCAUCGGCAGCAUGCGAGAAGUGCCCCUACAGUCAGAUAUAGAUCCACCUGUCAAUGCGUUGGUAUCCAAUGUGCAUGGCACCUACUAUGCCACCACGUCCAAAUGCACGCACUAUGGUCUGCCGUUGGUAAAGGGUGUGCUGACGGACGAUGGGCGUGUGUACUGUCCCUUCCAUGGUGCUUGCUUCAAGGUGACGACAGGUGACAUUGAGGAUGCGCCUGCUCUAGCCCCACUCAAGACCAUUGAGGUUGAGGUCAGCGGCGAGGAAGUGUACCUGCUUGUGGACUAUGAGGAGCUGAAGAAACCUGCGUGGACGGCGUGCAAGAAAGACAAGAACGCUGCAACAUCAGGCCCUACGACGGUGUUUGUUGGCGGUGGCGCUGUGACGUUGCAUGCCGUGCAAGAAAUGCGCCGCAGUGGCUACCAAGGCAAGAUCAUUGUGCUUACCGCCGAGUCGUACCCUACCAUUGACCGUACGAAGUUGAGCAAGGCAACAGCGCCAUCGCUUGACAGUGUGCUUGUACGUGAUGAGGUAUUCUGGCGUGAGACGCUGGAUGUUGAUCUGCGUUUGUCGUCGCCUGUGUUUAUGAUCGAUACGAAGAUGAAGCGAUUGCAUGUCCAUGGCGGCAAUACGGUGCUGUAUGAUUACCUGGUGCUUGGUACAGGUUCUGUGCCGCGUCGGUUGCCUGUGCCAGGCGCCGAUGCGAAGGGCGUGUACGUCUUGCGCACUUAUCAGGAUGCUGAGGCCAUUUCCGAGGCGCUCCACAAGCGCCCUUCGCCGAAGCUGGUGGUCAUCGGUACUGGCUUUAUUGGCCUGGAGAUGGGCAUUGCGCUAUCGAAGCGGGCGGAGGUGACGCUGAUCGGACAAACCCACGUUCCGUUGGAGGGCCCGCUGGGCCGCCAAGUGGGUGGUGGGUUGCAAACGGCCAUUAUGAACGAGCGCAACCUUCGAUUUUUGAACGCGGUGGAUGUCGUGAGCAUUGAUACCGACCUGAACGGCCAUGUGCGUGGCGUCACGGUCCAGCCACGCGCGCGCGGCUCGCCGCAGCUGCAACUGCAUGCCGAUUUGGUGCUCAUGUCGACGGGCGCGCGCCCUGCGACUGACUUUUUGAAGAACUCGCCGUCGUUCCCGGCGCUACGACCGGAUGGCUCGGUAGAAGUGGACUCGGCGCUACGUGUGGCCGGCCUCAAGGAUGUGUAUGCAGGCGGUGAUAUCGCUGCCUACCCGAAUGAGCAAAGCCAGCACCAUGUGCGCAUUGAGCACUGGAAUGUGGCCAGCAACCAUGGACGCCAGAUCGGGCGUACGAUUGCCAGUGGAAAGAUUCGCACGUACACACAUAUACCUGUGUUCUGGUCCGGUCUUACGUCGCCACUGCGGUAUGCAGGUACAGGGGUGGGCUACACGCAAGUCUAUGUGGAUGGCGAGCCGGAUGAGGCGGAGUUUAUUGCGUACUAUGCGAAGGACGAUCGCGUGAUUGGCGUCGCAAGUAUGUGGAAAGAUCCGAUGUUGGUCCAGGCGCUGUCGCUCAUGCGGGCUGGCAAAAUGCCCAAGCUGAGUGUACUGGCGGCCGGUCUGGACAUCAUGACACUAAACACCGCACCUGCACGGAAACUCUAA